CUUCUCUCCAGAUCCUUCCCCAGCUGGUGUCACCUGCAGCCCCCCUGCAAGCCCCCACAGUCAUUGUGGACCCCCAGCACCCUGUGUACGUCCCGGGGGAGCGUCUCACCCUCAGAUGCUCGGCCCCUGGCGGGGAGGCGGUGAAGAGCUACCAGUUCUACAAUCAGCGCGAGGAGCGGGUCGACACAGAAACUACUGGCCUGUCCGGGGGGCCCUGGCUGGUCCUGACGGCUGAGACGGGGAAGACCGAGGCGUACAGCUGUGAGUACUGGGCAGUGAGAGACGGGCGGCCCAUCUACUCUGCGCGCAGCCAGCCUGUCCUGGUACCAGUACUGGAUUUCCCUGUUGCUCCAUCCAUCUCUGCGAAUUCUGAUCCCCCCGGGAAGAUCCCUGUUACCAUCGAAUGCUUGGCCCCUCUGGGACACGUGGCUACAGGGUACCAGUUCCUGAGGCAGGGGAAUGUCAUUGUCUCACAGCCGGGUGCCCGUCUCCAGCUCCGUCAAUCUGAUUUGGACGCUACCGGCACUUACACCUGCAGCUAUGAGAUCAAUGUCUCAGGGAGAAUGAUCCAGUCACGGCCGAGUGCUCCCCUCUCAAUCCAUCUGACAGGGCCUUCUGUGCUCCCGGAAACCUUUCGUCCAACUCUGCGGCUGUCCCCAACGGGUCCUGAGUUCACCACCGGAGAUUCUGUUACCCUGACGUGCUCAGCUCCCAGCUGGGAGAAGAAGAUGCAGUUCUGCUUCCUCAAGGCCGGGGAACAAGUGGCAUGCACAAGACAGGUGCUGGAGGACUCUCAGAGUUACCAGAUUGGCAGACUCGGCAUGGAGGAUUCUGGCUCGUACACCUGUAUGUACCGGGUAGCCGAACCUGGGCAGGAGAUCUCCUCCCUAGAGAGCCAGCCCAUCUCCAUCACAGUCACAGGUGUCCCACGCCCCCUGCCAGCCCCCCAAAUCAUUCUGGACCCCCCGAAACGCAUCUAUUUUCAGGGGGAACGUAUCAAGCUCACCUGCUCAGUUCCUGGCAGCGAGCAGAUGAAGGGAUACAGAUUCUACCAUCAAAGAGGGGAGCAGAUCUCUGAGCUGGAUGAGGGGGCUUGGCUGGAGCGCACGGCUAUGACUGGGAAUGCUGGGGCGUACUCCUGUGCCUAUUGGAUAAUCCGAUCUGGACAAGCGAUCCUGUCAGGGAAGAGUGAAUCCGUCUCCAUCACUGUGACUGCUCCUCCACUGGCCCCCAAACUCUCUUUGCAUCCCAAGCUCCCUGUGUACCUGCCCGGGGAGAAGGUCACCCUCAACUGCUCAGCCCCCCGUGGCGAGGAGGUGGCGGGGUUCAGGUUCCACCAGCACAGAGGGGAUCAGACCCCUGAAGAGCUUCCAGCUGCCAGAGGGGGGGCCCAGAUGGCACUCACAGCGCAUAGCGGGAAUGACGGCACCUACACCUGUCAGUACUGGAGAUGGGAGGCAGGGCAGGAGAUUGCAUCCGAGAACAGUAACCGGAUCACUGUACCAGUGUCAGAUCCCCCUGGGAAGCCCUCGGGGUCCCUGUCUCCGGACUAUCCGGCCUACGUGGCUGGAGACAGGUUGGAAAUUAACUGCUCGGCUCCCCCUGGUGCCUCCCCGGUGAAGUACGGGCUCUACGAGAAUGGGGAGCCACUAGGAUCUCAGUUGGGAAACGCUUCAUCUUGGCAGAAGGAUCUUCAAGCCAAUGGCACCAGAAACGCCACCCGGUCCUUCGCCUGCACCUACGUGGAGCUGAUCCAGGGGAGGGAAGUGCUCUCCUAUGCCAGCGACCCCGUCGCUGUCUCCGUGUUCCCAGCACUGGCCGCCCCGUCCCUGCGGCUCAUCCCACCCCUCCUGCUCUACGUGACGGGGGAGACGGUGACGGCCGAGUGCGUUGUCCCCGCUGGGCCCUACAUCCCGCGGGCCCACUGGGUGCUGAGAGACGGGGAGACACUUCGAGAGCAACUGGGGCCCUGGUUCCCCCUGAACAUCACCCCCAGCGACAGCGGGACCUACCGGUGCCGGUACAGCUCAGAGCUCCACGGGCGCCACCUCCGCUCACCCCCCAGCGAGCCGGUGCCACUGAGCGUGACUGACCCCCCUCCCCAGCCACAGCUGAGUGUGGAUCCCCUGUCCAGAGUGGUGAGCGAAGGGCUCCCCCUGCUCAUCACCUGCACGGCCCCUGGGAACACCAGUGAGAGGAGGUUUCACUUCUACAAGGACGGAGCUGAGAUCAUCUCUGGGGACACAGGGUCUGAGAUCAGCACCACAGAGCCCAGUACCAGCUCUGUGAACUUCUCUGUGCUCAGCAUCCCAUGGGCCGGUCCCAGCAACACCGGGGAAUUCAGCUGCGGGUACAAGGCGAACAUGAGCGGCAGGUGGAUCCCAUCCCCCAGGAGCCAGGCUGUGAACGUCACUGUGACAG